CUUGAAACCGUAUAACUUUUGUCUCAAACAUUUGUUUCUUAAAAUUCAUAGUUUUCGAAAAAUUUAGGGGUUUUCAUACUCUUUCCUCAACCUGUAUAACUUUAUUUUAGUCAGAGGCGCCUAAGUAUUAAAAAAAAGGAUUUUAAAUAAAAACUACGACACCGAAUUAUACGUCGAAUAAUCUCUCCGUCUCGCCAUAUAACUUUUGUCUCAAACAUUUGUUUCUUAAAAUUCAUAGUUUUCGAAAAAUUUAUCAUACUUUUUCCUCAACUUGAAUAACUUUAUUUUAGUUAGAGGCGCCUAAGUAUUAAAAAAAAGAACUUUAAAUAAAAACCACGACACCGAAUUACACGUCGAAUGAUCUCUCCGUCUGGCCGAAGGAGAGAGAUUGCUAGGGACGUCCAUUUAAAACGAGCGUCGUCCGGCGCGCCGUGUUGGCGUCUAUUUUGUUUCUCGCAGCUGAACUUUCGCGCGCCUGCCCUUUUCUCUCCAACACGUCCAACCGCCAACGUACACCCGCGCCGUUUCGCGUGCGGCAAGUGCAGAGCCGCUCGGAGCAGACCUUUUAAACCGAUCGUCAACACACCGUGCAGAGGGCGCGGCGAGCGCCAGCCUCUACGGCAGUGACGUGCGCGGCCGACGUUGUAAUGGCCGACUUCGAGGUUCACUUAUUAAAUUCCCAACUUCACGAUUGUUGUGCGCGGCAUUUGUUUGCGCUGAAGUGCGCCGCCGAUGGAUCCGUUGUCGCGGUGACCGGGGCCGCGCGGUGUUGUCGACCGCUGCGCGGGGGAACGGAAGGACUGCCCGGCCGGACACGUACGGGAUUUUGCCGGAUACUCGCCGGGCGAGAUGAGAGACGUUCCCGCGGGCGCACCACCGUCCCGCGCUUAGGUUAAAUCGCCGCGUCGACCGGAUUGCAGAACGCGGGCGGUGCCGGGGCGGCCCGACGGCUCCAGUUAUGGGCUCGCUCAACCUCACCUGCCCCAUGUGCUGCGGCGAGACCUUCAAUAAUCCCCAGUCCCUCAAGUACCACUUGCUCAGCCUGACGGACAAUCUCUAUUGCCCCGGUUGCUCGCAGCGCUCCGACUCGGUCGCGGCGCUCAUUCAGCACCUGGACAUGUGCGAGCACGAUCUCAGGUACAAGAUGAAGCCCGAGGUGCUCACGGACAGGCUGAGGAAAGGCGGGAAGGAGACUGAGCUUAAGAUGGAUCUGCUGAUGGAUGUCAAGGCGCAGCAGAUCAACCGGGGCUUCCUCGCGACCAUGGGCAGCAACGGCAUCGUCAUAAUGGGCGACUCGCAGGCGAUACAGCUGGACGAGAAUGGAGAGAUUAAAGUCGUAGAAAAGAUGGACACGGAAGAAACGCAACCAGAUGAAAAUUCUCUGGAUUUCAAGAUGUCCGAAGGACUCGCCGGCGACGGUGGCGGGGCGCUGAAGAGACCGCAGCCGUCGCAGGGAUUAGUGGCGAUCCCCAUAGCGAGCGCGGACCGCAAGACGGCGCUGAUGGAGAGGAACGUGAUCGCCGUGUUGCCGGAGAGCGGCGAGCUCCAGGACGGUGAGGCCACCCUGAUCGACGUGGAGCGCGUGAACGAGGGGGAGAUCGACGAGGCUGGGCUUCUGCGCGUCAAGCGCGAGCUGUGCGAGCUCGAGUCUGACGCUGUGUACAGUUGCACCAGUUGCGAGAUGAGCUUCAACUCCGUCCUGGAGCACAUCAAGCAGUUCCACGACGGUCAGGAGGUUUUGCUGGAGAUGGCGGAACAGUUGAACGACCUGGCGACGACGAGUCCAGUGUCGGUGUUGUCCGAGAACUCGGAGAACGUGGCGAGCGCGCGCCAGCGGUCGACGAUGAACACGCUGCGCACGGAGGAAUGCGUGGACAGCGAGGGUAGGCUCUACACCAAGAAAGUGGUGCAAAUCGAGAGAUUCUGGGACCGCACUCCGAUUCAGGUCACGGCGUCGCAAUCGGCGAAGGCUCCGAUGAUCGAGAAGUUCUUCUCGAACGUGGAGGGUGUCAAGGUGCGAGAGAAACGCCUGGCCUCGUCGAUGCGAAUGUACAAGUGCAAUCAGUGCCUGCAGCAGUUCUCCAAGCUGGGCAACUUCCGCGUGCACGCCUGCCUGCGCGGUAGCAAUCGUUGCGAGCACUGCGACCAGAGCUUCGCAACCCCGAAAGCCCUGCAGCUCCACGCGAAGGUGCACGACGGCGAGGUCGAUCCGAACCAGAAGACGUUCGUCUGCGCUACAUGCGGCACCGAGUUCUGCUCCCACAAAAGCUUACGGCUGCACUCGAGGAUGCACGCGCCGGUGAGAGCCAGACACGUCGACGCACCCGAGGGCACCCCUAACGCAACUUUCACCUGCCCCGAAUGCGGCAAAACGCUAUCCGAGUCGUACAAGGACGCGCACAUGACGCUGCACACGGGAGACUCGGUGACGUGCACCGUAUGCAACCGGAAGUUCGAUUCCGCGGACAGCCUGGCGAUGCACGCGGCGGUGCACGUCGAACUGGCGCCUCCGCAGUCGCCUAUUCCGCUGACUUUGGCCUCGUCCGUCGCGGAGGCGACGACGACGCCAGCAGCGAUGCCGACGGUGAGGCCGACUUCGACGGCCUCGAUCGCAGUGACCUCGACAACGGCGCUAACAACGGCGACUACGACAACGACUACAGCGGUGACAACGGCAGAUCCAGGGGACAGCCAGAAGCCCUAUCAGUGCCAGCAUUGCGGACGCAGGUUUACCAGGCCGCACGAGAAGGUCAAACACGAACGAAUUCACACGGGGGAGAAGCCGCACGCCUGCGAGGUUUGCGGCAAGACCUUUCGCGUCUCCUACUGCCUGACUCUUCACAUGCGUACGCACACGGGCGUGCGGCCGUACGCCUGUCAGCAUUGCGGCAAGCGCUUCAAGGCGUCCUCCGUUUACAAUCAUCAUCUGCUGACGCACGGCGAGGAGCGCGCCUACACGUGCCCGUACUGCCCGAAGACGUUCAAGACGCGGGUGCAGCUGGCCGGUCAUAAGAACAGCCACACGAAGCCGUUCCGGUGCACCGAGUGCUCGCGGCCGUUCGCGUCUCUCUACGCGGUCCGCUCGCACAUCCAGACCCACAAGAAGGACAAUAAUCUCAAGUUCAGCUGCUACGUGUGCGGCGCGUCGUACGGCCGGGCGUUCGCCCUCAAGGACCAUCUGAAGCAGCACGGCCAGGACGUGCUGGCGUUACCGGAGCCAGCGCGAGAGGAAGAGGUGCACGAGAACUUUCUCCUCGCCGAGGAGGGAGCUGAGGAAGACGAGUUUGUAGCCCCGCCUCCACCGCCGCCGCCGCCGCCGUCGUCGUCGUUGUCGUCGUCGUCGUCGUCGACGACACUUCCCGUCGUCGCGCGCUCCUCCGUGAACGACACCGACUGACUCAAUGAUUGCAAUUCGGUUCUAGUCGUAGUAUCGUAGCACAAGCCUACGUACGAGGAACGUGUAGACUGCAGAAACGAUUGGACACGGACGCCGCCGUGUUGAUACCUUUGCGCGAGUAUAGGAACCUCCUCUGUAUACUUGCGCGCGUUGUUACAAGUUCCGUGAGUUGUUGCGUGAAGCAAAUGGAGUGGAGUUUUUUUUACCAAAACCAAUCGCGAUCGAUUGGAGCGUAGUUGUACGUAAGCGUUGUUGACCCGUUAACAAAGUUUAUUAUCUGUUUGUAUUUCCCGCACCGUGUUCGCCGUUUUCCAUUACAAAUUCGUGAGCCUGAUUCAAAACCGGAGUAUUCAGGGAGCCAGGAGCAACCGGUCUAAUCUAAAAAGAAUUGGUCGGAUUCUUAAUUAAACUUAAAAAAAUACCGCGAGAUUCUUUCGCAGCGCGCGUUAUGAAAAUUGUAAAUGUGUCGAAAUGAAUUCUCGUAUCGCUGAAAAUUACAUAAACUUUCGAGUGAUACAGUCAUAAUAUAUUUUGUAUAAUAUAAUAAUUAUAUAAAAAUUAACGCGUUUUAGCUUUGCGUAUUAAUGUCCGACCGGAGUCGUCGAAAUUCCCGAGGCAAACGUAGCUCGCAAAUCGAUCAUCCGUGUAACCCGACGUGAUUACUUAAAUUUGAGUACAGUUAGGCUUUUAAGUACGCGCUUUUAAUUUAUUUGAAAUUUCUUGGUAGCUAGAAAUGAAUUUUCGUACGUGACCUAUACAUAUCAUAGCAGACAAACUGGUUUUAGUUUCAGUUUCACGGUUAUUUAAUUUAUUGUGCGCAGAAUGGUGCAAUUGCGAAUCAUUUUGUAGAAUCGCAUAGUUCUAUUAAUUUAAGGUUACUCGAAAGAGAUUAAAUUCCAUGCGCGAGCAACUGGAAUUUUGUUCGGACGAGAACGUUGAUCUGGAAUUAUAUUUUAAAUUAUAUACGAUAGUUUAAUCUUAAUGAAUUUCAGGUUUCUUAAUGUUACACUGUUACAUGUUGUUGUUCGGAGAGUAUUUUAUGACAAAUUAAAAUCUGGUUUUUUACUCAGGAAAUUCGUUAAAUUAA